UUUUGAUAAGAACAUGAUAUGAUUUGAACUCUGCUGUUCGAUCGUGUAAACAAGCUACACGUUCAGAAUUAAUUAAUUCAGAAAUAUUUCAAUAAGAACACCAUCUAACGACCACCAGAACAAGACAACGUCGUCAACAUGACAGCCAAAGUAUUCUUGGGACAAGUGAUCUAUACAAAAUCUCUAAAUGAAUUUGUUAUCUACACAAAUGGCUUUGUAGCCGUUCAAAAUGGAAAGAUUGUUGGCGAAGGCGAUGAUUAUGUUGCAUGGAAAAAUGGUGCUGGUAAAGAUUUUCCUCAAGAUGCUGAAAUCACACAAAUGACCAAGGAACAAUUUCUUAUGCCCGGUCUUGUGGACUGUCACAUUCAUGCUCCACAAGUUGCACAAAUCGGUUUAGGCUUAGAUAUGCCAUUGCUUGAAUGGUUAAACACCUAUACAUUCCCAUUGGAAGCUAAAUUUACCGAUCAGGAAUUUGCCAGUAAAGUUUACACAAAAGUUGUGGAAGCUACCAUUAAAAGCGGCACUACAUUGGCAUCAUAUUUUGGCACCAAUAACAAGGAUAGCACUUUAAUACUAGCCAAAGAAGCCUUGAGACAAGGUCAACGUGCUUUGGUCGGUAAAGUUUGUUCCAAUUGCAAUAGUCCCGACUUUUAUGUAGAGAAAACCGAGGAAUCAUUAAGCGCUACAAAAGAAUUUGUAGAUGAGAUGUCGAAACUUUCCACAGAAUUGGUUAAACCAAUUAUUACACCACGAUUUGCUCUGAGUUGUACCAAGGAAUUGUUGAGUGGUUUGGGUGCCAUUGCCAAGGAACAUAAUCUGCAUGUACAGAGUCACAUAAGCGAGAGUGUGGCAGAGAUUGAUUUUGUUAAGCAGUUAUUCUCGACAUCUUAUGCCAAGGCCUACGACAAUGCGGGACUUUUGACAAAUAAGACUGUUAUGGCCCAUGCCGUCCAUCUGGAAGAUGCAGAGAUUGCCUUGUUCAAAGAACGCGGCACUUCUGUGGCCCAUUGUCCGGCCUCAAAUACAAUGCUCAGCUCUGGAUUUUGUGAUGUUUUACGCUUGGUAGAAAAUGGUGUAAAAGUUGGUUUGGGAACAGAUGUCUCUGGUGGUAACUCCAUUUCAAUCCAAGACGCCAUCUUACGAGCCCUUGAUGUUUCCCAUCACAUUGAGUUUGUUAAAAAACAACAUAUUUUCGGUACUGGAAAAUUACAAAAUGCUGAGAAGGCUGACUAUAAACCACUUGAUUACAAACAAGCCAUCUAUUUGGCAACAUUGGGUGGUGCCGAGGCCUUGGCUCUGGAUAAUGUAUGUGGCAAUUUUGUGGUGGGCAAAGAAUUUGAUGCAUUGCUAAUCGAUACCGGGGUGUAUCCUUUGCACAAUUUCGGUUUCUACAACAUGGAAGAUUAUGACAAAAAAUCAGCCGAAGUAAAACUAUUAGAAAUGGUACAGAAAUUCAUUUAUACUGGCGAUGAUCGUAAUAUCUCCAAGGUGUAUGUUGCCGGAAAGCAAGUUAAAUAGAUUUUAGGAAAAAAUAUUUAUUUAUAUUUUUUUUUAAACAUUCCAUAAUUAAAACAAAAGAGCAAAUAAAGAGAUUAAAUAAAAUACUUUUGAAAAUUAAAAAAGGUA